GUGAAGGCAGAACACACUUGACCAGGAUCAAUGGCCUUAUAGAAGUAGCCUCAGAGACCUUCCCCUUCCCUUUUACUAGGUGAAGAAGACACAGCAAAAACAUUCAUCUCUGAGUCAAGAAGUAGGUCCACACCAGAUAAACACAUCUGCCGGUGUCUUGACCUUGGAUUUUGAGCCUACAGAAUGAUUGACUUCUUCCACAAGAUAAAUGCUAGUUUGUUUUCAUCGAAUAAAUGCAUAAUUAUUGAUGAAACACAAAUCCAGUGUAUCCUGACUGCUAAUCUACGAAGUCAGCACAGACGUUGUUAGAGUUGGAUUUGAGAGAACAGUACCUUCGGAAUGACUAGAAAGCAACAGGAGUAUGUUGUGAAUGUUGAACAAAAUGUGGCUGAGAUGUGUCCCACAAAUCCACACCGUUCAGAUGAAAGAACACAAUGUGAUUGUAGACUGCACAAUGUGAUAAUCCAGCCUCAGAUGGCUACAGGAAAACCACGGUCACUCUGGAAAAUGUGUCUAGUGUGUCUUUUGGCCUGCUUAAUUGCCUCUGCCACUGCAGUUCUGGUCUUACAUUUUGGCCAGUUUGGCAAGCCCACCAGCAGUACCACCAUCAUCGUUCAUGCAGAUGGAAAGUCUAGUCAGGAUCCUGGAGUCUCUACUUCUACUUGCUGUCUUGACCCAUUAAUCACAACUGGACCUCAAAGCACCACGCCUUCUACCCCCACAACCAACCGAAGUACAUCUACUAGUGUACCAGUAACUUCUGUCAGGAAGACUAUCUCUACUACCACCACAGCUACAGUGCACAAGGUUGAACUUGAUGAAGACUAUGAGGAGGCAUAGUCUCGAGCCUCAGUGCUCCUCAAGUCAGAUUUAAACUUUCACCCCAAAGGAGGUAUGCCCCGCAUUCUCUCCCCUUACCAUGAGGUUCUGGAUUUUAAGAGCCUGUUCCUCUUGCUCAGUCCUUUUCUGGCUUCUCAGGUGGUGAUGACAGUCUUGGGACCACUGAUAUUCAAAUGAUUGGGAAAGGAAAAUGACUACAAGUCUGGGCAAUUCACUCAGGCUACAUCAAAGAAUAUUUUUUCCCCUCUCCUGUAUAACCAGCCUCGUGGAUCACUAAUGAGAAUUUCAGCUCAUAAAAAGGCUGCCAGUGAGCCCUACUCAACUUAGCUUCCUGCAUUCUGUUUGUGAAUCCAGUAUCUACCAUCUGGCCAGUGUGGAUUUUCUCCUAAUAUCUUUUAUUUGACUCUUUUUCAGUAUUUGUAUGCCAGCAGAGAAAGAAGCAAAUGUUCAAUUAAAGAGAUUAACAAGCAUAAUUUACUCAAUACCUAUUGAUUUUUACAAAGGGGUGCCUCCUGUUGGUGAAUUCAGAAACAGUGGUCAUCACUGAGAAGUAAACAAGGAAGAAUUCUGAGAAAAAGUUGAGCUUGGGAAAGGGAUGAAGGUUUCGAUUUAAGGAGAUGGUUAAAGCAGAAAAUGAAAACACUAUGGAGAUGUUAUGGAAUUAAAACCAAAAGCACACUCAGAGCUCAAAUGUAAGCAAGUGACAUAUUUACAUGAACCUGCAAUUUCUCAAGGAUUGUCAGUAAUAUUCUCCAUAUCUGAUAUUGCUUAACCUCACACUAUUUUUGAACUAUUAUACAUUUUAAGCUUUUUUGUUGUUUUAUAACUCAUUGCAUAACUCAGAGGACAUAUUGCUUAUAAUUUGUUGUGAAACAUGAGACUCAUUCAGUGUUACUCAUGCUACAAGUGAUUAGUACAGUACUAAUUAGAAGCAUACGUUUUUCAGUCUGGAAAAGACUUCAGAGGUAAAGAAACCUGUCUGCCCUACCACCUGCCUACUAACUACAAAGAGGGAAGAUUAACCCAGGAAAGACUAAGCCAAAGAUUUAGACUUAGUGAGUCAACAUUAGAACUCAUGUCCUAAAUUAUACUUUCUGAAUCUCUUUUACACACGAUUAGAGGUCCUACUUGCAUUCUAAAAGCAUGGUUUCAUUUUUCAAGAUUUCCCAAGGCAACAGACUUUUUACUUAGUAUAAAUCUAGGAUGGUUUUCUGCGGUCAAUAAUAGACCAUUUAAAUCCUUGUUGAAUGAUUAAGGUCUGCAUAUGAAAGAUUAGAAAUUAAAAUUCUUUAGAUAGUUGCUACCUACAGGCAGCUAAUAUUUCUCAAAUCUGAUUACAUAAAAUUUGAGUAUUUCAGGAGUUAUUAGACGAAGCACAAACAUUAGUAGUAGACAUUGAGAAUGAUGAGAGGUAUAGUGUAAAUGUUAAACAAUAAAUUUUGUUAAGCUCUAGAUAAGAAUAAGGCACUGGGAGUAAGUACUCAUGCAUCUUUCCCCCACAGCAUAACUUUAAAACAAUGUAACUUCUAUUGUACUUUGAUUUAAAUGCCUAUGAAAGGAAAGCUUAAAUUUACUAGGACUUACGUAAUUUAAACUCUGCUUUG